CGAGGAGGAGCAGUGGUGUCAUCGUCGGCGGAUUGCAUGCUAUCGGAAGAGCAUGGAAGAGGGAAAGAAGACACCAGCUUCAUCCGCAGAAAGCUCGAGCAUAAAUAGAAGCCUGAGUUCCGCUGUUCUGGUUGCUUUUCUUCUUCAUCCAGCAUCGCAAGUCUCUCAAGCAUCGCCUGGUUCGAUCAUCUCACUCUUCCAUCACCGACCUUGUCAAUAAGUUAGCUCUUCAUCUUUUCGAAGAAACCAAUCCUUCAAACGUCAAAAUGAAGUUCUCUGCUAUCCUUACCGGCUCCCUCUUCGCCACUGCCGCUCUGGCUGCUCCUCUCACUGAGAAGCGCCGUGCUCGCAAGGAGGCCCGCGCCGCUGCCAAGCGCCACAGCAACCCUCCCUACAUCCCCGGUUCCGACAAGGAGAUCCUCAAGCUGAACGGCACCUCUAACGAGGAGUACAGCUCCAACUGGGCUGGUGCCGUUCUGAUCGGCGAUGACUACACCAAGGUCACUGGCGAGUUCACUGUCCCCAGUGUCUCUGCUGGCUCUAGCAGCAGCUCCGGUGGCUACGGUGACUAUGGCUACGGCUACUACAAGAACAAGAGACAGUCCGAGGAGUACUGCGCCUCUGCCUGGGUUGGUAUCGACGGUGACACCUGCGAAACCGCUAUUCUCCAGACCGGUGUCGACUUCUGCUACGAGGAUGGCCAGACUUCCUACGAGGCCUGGUACGAGUGGUACCCCGACUACGCCUACAACUUUGACAGCCUCUCCAUCUCCGAGGGUGACCAGAUCAAGGUCACUGUCGAGGCCACCAGCAAGAGCAGCGGUAGCGCCACCGUUGAGAACCUGACCACUGGUCAGUCCGUCAGCCACACCUUCAGCGGCAACGUCGAGGGUGACCUUUGCGAGACCAACGCCGAGUGGAUUGUUGAGGACUUCGAGUCUGGUGACUCCCUUGUUGCUUUCGCUGACUUCGGCUCCGUUACCUUCACCAACGCUGAGGCCACCAGCGGCGGCUCCACUGUCGGUCCCUCUGACGCCACCAUCAUGGACAUCGAGCAGGACAGCACCGUCCUCACCGAGACCUCCGUCUCUGGCGACAGUGUCACUGUCACCUACGUUUAAAUGGAUCUCUACGCAUGAGAUAUCGGUCGCUUCAAUGUCUUUGUCUCGACGACAAGCCCUGGGGAUGAAUGAAAAAUGAGUGAUGAGCUAUCCGGAUUGAUCUGAUCUUGUUGAGUUGUUAAUUCUGCUUCUGUUGAUGAUUUUGAGUGAUUGUACCUACUUUGAGUGGAAGAAAUAAAUGCGCGCGC